UAUUCUUCUCCCCACUACCCCACCCCGCUCCCUCUCUCCCUCUCUCCCCUCCUUACCCCGUCUAUCAUCACCGUCAUCAUAUAUCCUAAUGCGCAGCUAGUUUCUCUUGCAUCUGUCAGUGCCCCUCCGCCGUCCCUCCUCGCCGGCUUCGCGCUCCGGUGAGCUCCAGUACAGGUGUUAUCGUUGUUACCUUAAUUAGCGCGGGGAAAUUCUUGCGCCGCGUGGAGGGUGCGGGCGACUAUCGACAGCUGCUGACGGGUCAUCCAGCAGCCAACCAAGUAUUGACACUCGAGUCCUGCCGCCUGUCCGCCAGCCUCGUUAAGACCAGUGAUGGGCGUGUGGUGGCUGCGGGGUCUGGUGGCGGUGGUGGUGGUGGUGGCCGUGGCGGUGCCUGGCUGGGGACGCGAGGGGCCUGUGCUGUCCUCCUCCGUGUCCUCCCUCUCCUCCUCCCCCUCCUCAGCCUACCUGCCGGGCGAGGAGUGUAAGCACAUCAAGUUCAGCCAGCCCGGCCAGGCCACCGUCGUGAGGCAGUCCGUGCUGCGACAGAUGUGUCUUCGCGCCGCGCCGCACGUUGACGUCAACAAGAUCUUCAAGCAGUUCGCGAUAUUCCUGCUUCACCGCGACGAUUUUGAUGACUCUCCGAAGUGGCACUCUGGUGAUGCUAAGGCGGUGCUCGACGACCCGUACUGGGCUGUGAACGAGGUGACGGUGCUCAAGUCGACUAAAUAUCAGUGGUACGUGCACGGCCUGCCCAUGUGGCCUCUCCCGCACCAGGCGCUGGCUAACAAGACCACCUCCAAGCGGCCAUCACUCAAGAAAAAGAAACCCGUCGACUGGCCAAACUACGGCCUGGCCACACCCAUCUACUUCGCGUCCAAGGCGUGGAGGGACCAGGCGUGGAGUGUAGAGGAGUUUUUCCAGCAGGAGAAGAAGAAAUCACCCUUCAAGAGCCACGAGGACUUCCAUAAGCUGGUGCUGGAGGUGGUCGGCGGCGUGAACGGGAGCAAGGUGGAGAGUUACAGCGAGUGGGCCUUCCUCAAGUUCUCCCUGCCGCUCAUGGUUCGAUCAAUGACUCGGCGCAACAAGGGUCUCUGUCCAGACGAGAUGUACAUUUACUUCCGCCUCACUCCGUGCUAUCCUAAAGAACCCCAGUAUGCAGUUUGCGCGCAGGCCGCCCGCCAUGCCCGCCUCCUCCUCACAGUCUCCUCCUGCCCCACCACCACCGUCAUCGUCGGCUUCAGUAAGGAAUACAGCGAGGAAGAGAACCUGCUGCCCCUGUAGAGACCCCCACCCACCCACCCCUCGCCCCUCAUCCCACCAGCGGCCCGGACACUCAAUGGACACACACUCUCCCUCCACCCCUCCUCGGACGUGGGAAAACCUGGAUGGCAAAUUGUGCAAACGCUUCGGAACGGAUCUUUGCCUUUCGUUACUGUUUUCCUCUUGUUUGUUUACGAACUCCGGAAACUUGAGAGCACGGUGGCAUAGGAAAGUAAAUAGAGUCUGUUUUCUGAGGAGUUCCAGCGUCUUAUCUCCAAUACUUUUUUAAUAGGUUCUAUCGGAAGUUGUUUGCAGUUUCCUCAAAGGGGUUUUCGUGAUGCUAAUGAUAGUUGGAUAGGCUCUUAUGUUUUUUUUUUUUUCUUUGGGGGUUUUCAAAGGCGUUUUCAAGAUUGUAUUGAUUGUUUGAUAAGUUUUAAUGGAAGGUGUCAAGAUUUUCAAGGGUAUUUUCGUGAUUAUGGUGGUCGUUUAACAAGGAUGCUCCAGAUUGAUAGAACUAACUUACUUUUUUUGACUAACUAUACGAAUUGAGAACAAGAUGUCGUAAGGAAAGUAAGGUUAUCUAAAUAACAAUAACCCUUUACACUUUUUUGCCUUUGACCGAUGGUUUUAGAGAGAGAGAGAGAGAGAGAGAGAGAGAGAGAGAGAGAACGAAACAGACAUAAUCUUUACCCAGUAUAAUCACAACAGUGUAUUUGAAUAAGUAUGAUAAUCUUAAAUACCAAAAUAAGCCUGCAGCUUCUUUCCGUAAGUAAAAGGUUAUACAAAUAUAAAAUAUUCACCAAAUAAACACACACCUAAGCCAAUAUAGUUACGGUUUAUAUACUGUAUCACAUAAUUACGUUUAAGGAAUUAAGCUUAUAUCAGUUAUCAAAAUAAAUUUGUAACUAUAGUUUUCUUUAGUAUUUAGUAAUAAACAAACAACAAAAACAAUAAAAAGUGUUGAUUUUAGCCAAUAUAGUAAAAUUUUUUGUAUAACAGCAGUACAUUAAAGGAAAUAGGGUUAAAUUAAAUACAAGAUAAUCCUGA